UUGAGCUCACCUAGCGUCCUCAAUACUUUUCCAGCGUUAUAUCAUACUUGUUUUUCUAUUUUCUGGUCAUAGACCCCUCAUUCAAAGCAAUACAAUCCUUCUAAAGCGAUAUUAAUCACCUCCCAAGAGUCCAAAACAGUGAGUUAUAGCUCUGUUGAACCAUACUCCACAGACCUGACAAAUUUCUUUCCAGAGAUGUCUGAUCGAUCAUCAUCGGGCGCUCAGCCAUCAAUGACUCCUGGUAUCCAAAUCCGAGCUAUGAACAUCUCAGAUGGAUCAUUUCCCUUUCUUUGCGAUACUACUCUCGGAAUCGUCUCAUCAGCAGACUUCUCAACAAUUUCGCAUAUGCUCAUUCAGACCAUCAAUAUUCAAGCUUCGUCUGAGAAGUCUUCGUGUGUAAAAGGAGACACAUCCAUCUUCAUUCACUGGGCAGGAGAAAUCCCCGAAGAAUACGCCUACCAAACGGCAUCUCGAUGCUGGAACAAUAUCUCGUUGGACUUGAUGCUGCUAUCCGAGGAAAAAUUCUCCGUCGAUAGUCCGGAUGAAUUGAAAGAUCUCUGGAGCUUACUGGCGAAGAGAAAAUAUCGAGAUGAAAUCUUCUGCGUAUUUGAGGCAUCACCUAUUCCGGCGUCUAAUCACACUUCCGAGUCAGAGAAAGAUACCUAUCGAAGGGAUAAAAUUCACUCUGACGAAUGA